ACACGAGGAUGGGUGGGAGAACCUCAAGCCCAAUUUUAGUUUCUCGACAGAAUAUUCAUGCGGAACCCUUAGAGUCGCACGUCACUCGCACUUGACCAAUCUUAUUUUUUAUACCAACAGACAGAAUCUGAUUUACCAUAACAUUUUAGCACACAUGCAAUAUCCAUAAUAAUAAGUGUGCCUUUUUACGCCUUUUAUCUCCUUCUCUACGGCAUCAGAAGGAAAUUUUAGCAUCACAUAAUUAGGUAUAAUGCAUAAAAUCAAUCAGCUUACCAAAAUUUUCUACAAGACAACUUUUAUCCUAGUAGAUAUAACCAAAGUCUUUCUAGCGAAUCUCCAUAAAGCAUAUUGACCCUCAUCAAGCGUACAAUGAUCAAAAUAAGUACCAAAACCCCCAAGAUCCAUACAUCCAGUGUAACAUAAAAACAAGCAGCAACAUAUACAGGCCGCAUCAAUCACUCAUGCAAUCCGCAUCGGUUUUUUAAACAGCUGGCAAGUAGUGCCAAGCCCGGUCGAGUUCGCAACAGCGAAGGCAGUGGUAGGAUUAACGCGGCUGUGGACUUCGGCCGACCCGCCAUCGCGCCACACCGUCACAGUCCGACCGGAAUGGCAUACAUACGCGCGAGACCGCUCUUCGUUCUAACUCUGUUACAACUAUGCCGAGCUGAAAUAUCCGACUCAUUGUCAGAAUCAUGGUAUUCGGCGAACGUUAUCAAUGAUGGCUUCCAACCAAAACCGAUAUCGGAAAUAUUCUCAACAGACACGCCGUUUCCAACAAAUCCAGUCAAACCGAUAUCCGAUAUAUUCUCGAGUGAGUCGCCGUUUUCAACAGCAAAUCCAAUAAUUGUUUUGCCGACAUCCACCCCCUACCCACCGGUCGAGGCGUCAACCUUACCGCCUACAAGAAAAAUAUCGACUACAAGUACUUCUGCGGAUUAUACUCAGACGUCGACGCUUGCUCCAACUUUCCAAACAGAGCCACCGUCAUCAUUCCCAACAACAUUACCUCCGUCAUCGUUAGCAAGUACAUUCUCGACGUAUCAAAGUACGCCCUCUACGUUCCAGACUUCACCAGUCACGUUUUCAACUACUCCGUCGACAACGCUUUCGUCCUCUCCACCGCCCCCGAUAGCAUCGCAACCAUAUAGCAUUGAACCAGAAAUACAACAAACCACUUUAUCAGUGCCACAACCGCCUCGCGGUGCUCCCCAAACGCAGUCGCAGCAAAUACGACUGGAACUGGUACCGCAACAAUUUAUCCCAGAUUUCAAUAGACCUAUUGGUAUACAAGCGUCUAUACCGCAACAAAAUUCAGAAACAUCGACUGGAGGGCCACUGUCGAAUUAUUUCUUAAUCUACCAACAAGCUCCACAAAACAUUCAAGGCAUCCCGGGACCUGUGCAAGGACAGGCGCAGUUAACAACUAGAGUCCAAGAUACAACUACACGUACGCCCUCUACAGUGAUUAUUUCACCAGCUGCAACUCAAACAACUCGUGCUGCGCCCUCUACGUCAACGACUCCGGUGCCGUCAACAGUGCGCAUAGUGUCUACACAAACACCUCGAACGACGCAGACUGUUAGAAAUACAAAUUGUCAAAAUGCGCCGAACACGCCAAUUUUGUCCGGUCCCCCGUACCCGUUGAGAAUCCGUGUGAUGGCGCCCAGCGGUUCUAUCACAAACGUGCACUUGAACCCGGCCAGUAGAACAACGACCACAAGGAGGCCGACAACGACGCGAACGCGUAAGAUCAAACCAAGAAAGAAUACGUACGACGCUUGUAUAGACGGUUGCAAGAGAGGAAGGGACCCAAUUUGUGCAGCACCGCUUUCGAGUACAUUCCUAAACCCGGAUACCCUGAAGGGAUUCCCGUCGAUCUGUCAUAUGGCAUGCCACAACUCCUACAGAAAAGAUUCGUAUGAAAAGGUCCUGGAUGGACGUUGCGGUAGGUUGCGCACGCGCAUCAAGACAGUGGACUCCAACAAACUGAAACGGGAUGAACUAAACAAGGCACAGUACUUCGUGGACAACGGUGGCACUAUUGUCGAAUUAUCAGCUUUACCUAACUGAACUUAGAGGGUAUAAAGACGUGAUAAUUUAAUAUUUCUCAAGUACGGUUAGCAAAUGAAGUAUACACGGUUGUCAGAUUUUUUAAAAGGUUAUGAUAGUUUAAUAAAAUAUGUAUUUGAAUGGCAAUUUAAAAUAGGUUUUUAGUAACUUGAUGUAUUUUUACCUUCCGAUACACAUAUUAUUUUGACGAUACUGUAUCUGUUUUGCUAACUGUACUUUUCUUAGCGAUUGUCCAAUACGUUUAGAUUAUAGACGGUUCAUUUUAAGCGUAUUUAUAAUUACGAUAAAAGGCUAUAGAUGCCAACGAACAAUAAUAAUGCAAAUAUACUUCGAAUGUAUCGUAAGUUUUUGCUAUGAUUAUGACAAUUAACUUUUCUAUGUGAACACGCAUAGUUUAAAACAGAUGUUUUUGUGAACUGAUUAAUCGAUGCCUAUCAUCUGUGGUGAAAGAAUUGUCGUAGUAAAGUAUUUUAUUACAACAUAACGUUUAAGAGCUAAUCGAUUAGAUGGAAAAAAAUCGAGUAAUAAAAAUCGAUAAGUUCAUUGUUAUUGUAUAAAAAGUGAAUUAAAUCCUCAAGAAACCUUUUGCUGAGGAUAUUUCUUAUUUGAAUACUUUAUAAAAUGUUUGAUUAUUACGAUAAUACUUUAAUUCUUGUUGUAACAAUAGUUAUAUAUCCUUUAUAAAUCUAUAUUAGCGAUGGAUUUCAUCUAUUUUUGUCGACUGAUAUUUAUAAGAAUAUUUUUACAAUGAAAUGAGAUUUUUAAUACCUCAGCAAAAAUGUACCAUAGACUGUGUGUAUGCCGUCCAAAAAUGUACAUAAAAAUAUUUUAUCUUAUUUCUGGAUAAAAAUAAAUACUUUUUAAAAUGUCUUAACAAA